CCACCCCCCGGAGCCAUGACAUCCCCGGACUCUCCCCCUCUGGUCUCCCCCUCCCCGUGCCCGGCCCCCCCGCCGUCCCUGCCCUCCUCCCCGGUGCCCUCCUCCCCCGCCCCGUCCUCGUCCUCGCUGCCCGCCCCCCCCUCGCUGCCCCCCACGGGGGAGGUGAUGGUGCUGGCUCUGGGCAGGAAGAAGCAGCGGGUGCUGAUCGCUCUCUCCAUCCUGCCCAACCUCUUCCUGGCCUUCCUGCUCUCCUCCGACCCCCUCCUCACCCUCUCCCCCCGCCACCACUGCCGGCUGCCGGGCCCGCUGCCGUCGCCCGAGGCGCUGAACGCCUCGCUGCCCUGGGAGAAGGGGGGGCGGCCCGGGCCCGGCAGUGCCGGCGGCGGCCCGUCCCAGUGCCAGCAGUUCGUCAACGGCAGCCAGGCGGCGGUGGACUGCCAGGCCGGCUGGGACUACAACGUGACGGAGGGCUUGAAGAACAACAUCGUCACGGAGUGGGACCUGGUGUGUGCUCAGUACUGGCUGGUCCCGGUGGAGGAGGUGUGUUUCAUCCUGGGAAUCCUGACGGGCUGUCUGGGCUUCGGCUACGCAGCGGACAGGCUGGGCCGGUCCAAGACCCUGCUGACCUCCCUGACCCUGUCGGUGGUGUUCGGGGUGCUGGUGUGUGUGUCUCCGUACGCCUCCAUCUUCAUCGUCAUGCGCUUCUGCCUGGCUGCUGCCAGCGCCGGCGUCUAUCUCACUCUGUACAUCUCACGUCUGGAGCUGUGCGAGCCGGCUCUCCGCCUGGUGGUGACGAUGCUGGCGGGGCUGACGACGGUGUCGGGAGAGCUGCUGCUGCUGGCCGUGGCGCUGGGCUGCCAGUCCUGGAGGGGUCUGCUGGGAGCCGGGGCCGCUCCUCUCACGCUGUUCCUCAGCUACGGCAUUCCCGGGGUGUUCCCAGAGUCUCCCCGCUGGCUCCUGCUGUCGGAGCGAUCUGCAGACAUGAACGCCUUCAGCGAGAGGAGGAACUCCACCAGAGACGUGAGGGAUGACGAGAGCUUCACAGAGCUGGAAUCAGAGGCAGCCCCGUCCUCACGGCCCCACCUGUCCUUCCCAGAGCUCUUCCACAGCAGGAACAUCUGGAAGAACAUGUGUGUGCUCGGCUUCACCUCAUUCAUCUCUCACGGCAUUAGUCACUGCUACAGCUCUUUCCGAGGUGACGUCAGAGGCACGGCCCCCAGCUUCUACUGGACGUACCUCCUGUCUGUGUGCGCCGGAGGCUGCGCCUGGCUGUCGCUUUGGGCGACCGUGGACCGGUGCGGCCGCCGCGGCAUCCUCCUGUUGUCCAUGACGAUGACGGGCCUGGCCUCGCUGAUCCUCCUGGGACUCAUGGAGUAUCUCAGUGAGACGGCCAUCACGGUUUUCUCAGUGCUGGGUCUCUUCUCCUCCCAAGCCACGGCCUCCAUCUGCAUCCUCUUCACGGCAGAGAUCAUGCCCACCAUCAUCAGGGGCAGCGGCGUCGGCGCCGUGCUGGCCCUGGGCUGCGUGGGCCGCCUCAGCUCCCCGAUCAUGGACCUGCGGAACCACUACGGCUACUUCCUGCACCACGUGAUCUACUCCUCGCUGGCCCUGCUGGCCGUGCUGUCCAUCCUGCUGCUGCCCGAGAGCAAGAGGAAGCCGCUGCCGCAGACGCUGACCGACGGGGAGCAGUACCGCCGCCCGCCGCUGGGCCGCCGGAGGCGGGACAACGUGCCGCUGCUGGCCACGCCCAACCCGGAGACCUAAAGGGACCCCGGCGGUGGAAGGGACGGCCUUCAGACAUCCACACACGCCACGCUCACGCCGAGGAGGAGAGACGAAGCAAUACAGAGACUCUGAGGGACGAAGGGAGAGAAAAGGGCUGCGGCAGGUCAAAGACGGCGAUGACGGUGACUGUAGGCUUCCUAACAUAUCAUCCUCUAGUCAUUCCAGACGCCGGCGGGCGGGGGGAGCCGCCGGCUUCACACCCGUCUGAUUCCUGCCAUUUAGAUUUGUGUUAAGGUGCUUCUGAAUUCACGACCUGUCCUCAUCUUUAGUAGCGGGUAGCCCCCCCCCCCUUCCUCCUCCUCCUCUCCUCCGAUAUGAGACACCAGCAAACACUGCUGCACGCCUUCCUCCAUCCUCCCCGUCUAUUGUCCAGACCACAACCCUCCAAGAGCAUUAGCCAAUCAUCAUUCUUCUGCGUUGGCUGCAUGCAGCGACACGGUUAAGUGCUCAGAGAUGUACGAAGUCUUGUACGACUCACUGUGAUGUUCGUUGAAAAGCAGAAGAACCGUCCCACCAACGGAGGACUGCAGCUCCUGGACACCUGGGAGAUUUUUAAGGGUCAUUUUGGGGGGUCAACAGUUGUAAAUACUUGAUUUCUUUCACUUCUUUGGUUGUCUGAAUCGUAUUUAGAGCAGACUCUGCGGCUGAAACGUCACAGAACAGUAUGCUAUGCAGUUAGGAGGCGGCGCAGAGCACUUUAAAUCUCUUGUUUUUUAAAGUUACAGGUGGGUAGAUGGACGUCAGAAGGGACAGUUUUAUGGCUCAAGCUGGUAUGAAUAUUUGGAUCAGAAGAUUAGAGAGCUGGUUAAAUCCAGUUACUGAAUGUGGCCUGGAGCCGGCAAUAUUUAUCCCUUAUUUAUGUCACUACGACGCAGAAUCACUUAUAAGUUAUCCUGAGGCCUGGAAUCAUCCAGUAUUAGGCUAGAAAUGGCGUUUGACACAAACUUUCCACUCUGAUGUCACUGAUGGAUUAACUGAAGCUGUUAAUCAUCACAGGGCUCCCGUCUGCGUUUGGAGGCAGUGAAGGGCUUGUUUUUAUUCUUCCUGUAAGUCCUCAGAAGCGUAUGUAUCCUCAAUACCUCUGCAGAAGGCCGGCGCCAGCUGGAGGACGAGAGACGGGUAUGAAUAAGUUAGCGUGCAAGCAUAGACGACGACUUGGCUCAUGUGCCAGAGCCUGACGGCUCGUGUUUUAGCUGAAUGUGUGUGGAUGCUGGACUGAAGGGCCCGAUGAGCGCGCUCCGUGCACGGGAGCUGACGAGGGCUCCAGAGCUCCAGGUGAACCACUGAUUCCUCCUGUUUGUUUGUUUUUAAAACCCCAACCACACGUCAGUGUGAGCGUGUACGGUAGCGUGUGAGGAUACGUGUUGGUCCUCAUGUUUUCUCUGGUGCGU